AUGGUGCUCACCCGCCGCCACCCGCUCGCUCACCUGAGCUCGCAGCCCAUUCCAGCACGUUGCCACCUGCGCCUGCAGGCCACGCCCGUACUGCACCACCUGCGCAUUUUCUUCAUCGACUGCUUUGACCGGGGCGACCUGUCGGUCAAACCGGUGCCGGCAGAGGACCAGUCUGCUGAAGCGGUCUAUGCCGCCUGGCUGCACCGCCAAUACGGCGCCUACCAAGCCGGCCUGCUGCGCCUGCUGGGCGACGCCGCUGUGGAUGCCCGCACCCAGGUGGCCGCCUUCAUGGCGGUGAUGGAGUGCGUGCGCGGCGAGCGCCCCGGCGUGUUCAACAACCGACUCUUCCACCGCCUGCUGGCCGUGCUGCUCACCUGCGCCGGCACCGCGCCAGAGGUGCUGGGCCUGCUCAUCGGCAAGCUGCUAGAGCUGGCAGAUGUGCGCUACUUCACUCUGGCCAGCAUCAUCAGAAUAGCGCAGCCGGCACGGCAGGAGCAGCAGGCGCAGCAGCAGCAGGGCGCGGCGACGGGCGCCAACGGGGCGCCGGCAGCGGCGGCGGGGGGCUCGCGCGAGGACGACAGCAGCGACGAGGACGGGGAGGAGGGCGGCGGCGGUGGUGGCGGCAGCGUGAGCUGGCAUGACCUGGCGCGGACUGUGUUUGAUGUGUUGGCUGAGAUGCCGGCCGCGCCUGCCGCCGACGAGGAGCUCCGGUCGUGGUGCGGCGCCGCAGAGGUAGGCAUCGUGGCGGCAGCCAACGCGGGAGAGGGGGCGCGGCAGCGCAAGCGCCAGCGCCUCGCGGCGGAGGCGGCCGCGGCGGCCGGCGCGGCGGCGGGCGAGCAGCAGCGCGCCAAGUGGGCCAGCGCCAAGGCGCAGCAGCGCAUGUACAGCGAGGCGUGGCUGGCGCUGCUGCGGCUGGAGCUUCCCGAGGAUGUGGGCAAGCGGGUGCUGGCCAGGGUGCAGGACCUGAUAAUCCCUGCCCUCGUCAACCCGCUGCUGCUGGCAGACUUCCUGACAGACACCCUGGACCGAGGCGGCCUGACUGGCAUGCUGGCGCUGGACGGUAUCUUUGUGCUGGUCACGCGGCACGGCCUGGAGUAUCCCAACUUCUACGCCCGCCUGUACCAGCUGCUCACGCCGCAGGCCUUCCACGCCAAGCACCGCGCCCGCUUCUUUGCGCUGGCAGAUGUUUUCCUUGCCUCCGGCAUGGUGCCCGCAUACACGGCGGCGGCCUUUGUGAAGCGGCUGGGGCGGCUGGCGCUUGCGGCGCCGCCAGCUGGCGCCCUGCUGGCGCUGGCCUUCAUGCACAACGUGGUGCGCCGCCACCCGGCCACCAUGCAGCUGCUGCACCGCCCGCCGCGCGGAGGGCUGGCGGGGGUGGCCGGCGCCGCGGCGCCACCGCCGCCCGCCGCCCCGCAGCCGCUGCUGCCGCUGCCUCCAGAGGUCGCCGGCGGCGGCAGCAGCGCGGCCUUGCGGGCCAACGGCGCCGCGUCUCCGGGCGAGGACGACGACGCCCCGGCGGCGGCGGCGGUGGGCGUAGCGGCGGGCCCAGAGGCCGGCCAGUCCCCGCAGCCGGCAGAGCAGGCUGCCCAGCAGCAGCAGCAGGGGCCGGUGUGGCAGGGGCACGAUGUGUAUGAUUUCCGGGAGCCAGACCCGGGCAGGAGCCGCGCCCUGGAGAGCAGCCUGUGGGAGCUGGAGGCGCUGCGCCAGCACCACAACCCGCAGGUUGCCGCCUUCUGCUCCCUGCUGGAUAAAGACCUCCGUGACCGCAAGAAGACCUCAGAGGCCGACAUAUCUGAGCUGCUGCCCGCCUCCUAUGCCAGCAUGUUUGCGGCAGAGGCGUCCCGCCGCCUCAAGGCCGUGCCCACCGCCUUCUACCGCGCGCCGCCAGAGGCGCUGUUUGGCGGCGAGGCCGCGCCCGACUUCCCCGGCUGGCGGCUUGAUCUGUCCACGGUUGCCGGUGGCUGUUUGCGACUCCCUGGCCAAGCUGUCUUGCCCACGCUGGGGGAGGCCCCCGCCGCGGCCAUGCUGGAGUUCUGGUCCACCCAACUGACCCCAGGACUCGUAGGUGGCGCGGCGGCCUCCCUCAUAGUGCCUGAGGGCAAGGUGCUCUGCAUAACGAGCAUUACUGCCCAGGGAUGUCCUGCACAGAGCAUGCAGCGGUUCCCGCUCUGGACAGAUGCAGUGCUGACGCUAGUGGUGACGUGCGGCAACCGGCCGCCGGCGCAGCUGUGGCGCAGCGACUGGGUGCGGCACAAAUAUGACAGCGUGCGCAUGUACUGGGUGCCGCACUUUGGCGGCGCCUGCUUCUCGCCGCACGUGCUACUCAGUAGCGGCGGUGUCACCUUUACCGCCUCCUUUACGCUGCCAGACGGCACCCCCCUGGGCGGGGAGAUGGCGCCAUGGACGGGCUCCAACGCCCCCACUGUGCACAUUGUGGGGCACCUGCUGCCGGAAGACCAGGCUGGCGACUUUAGCGGCAAGCGCCUGCGCAUCUUGGCCACGCUGCGGUUCACCGAUGUGAGGGAGGAGGCGGCGUUUGGGAGGUGGCACGCCGCGCGCAUGGCGCGGGUGGAUGCUCUGGCCUGCCUGGCCAAGGGCAGCCUGCUGGCGCUUCAGGGGUCCCUUGGCGUCAGCCUGCUGGCCGUGCCGUACUUUGUGCGGGACUGGCUGGUGGGGGCGGACCUGUCCCGCCUGGGCCUCCUGCUGCCCCUCCUGAUCCUGGCAUCGCCAUACCUCUACCAAAAGUACCUUGCCACCCGGGAGCGCCUCAUCCUGUCGGUCCACGUGAUCAGCGUGCUGUGCAGCUGCGGGCACUGCAUGCUGGCGCUUGCGGGCAUGCGGCCUCGGCUGGCCGCGCAGCACGAGCGCUGGUGUAUCUGCCUGCCCACCAGCCUGCUGCUGUUCCAGGCGCGCCCGCGCAUCGCCCCGCCGCCGCCGCCGGCAUGA